AAAAUUGGCGGGAAUAAAUUAUUUAUGAUGGUUUGGUAGGGUUAUAAAAUUUGGAAGUAGUAACCAAGAUUAUAAAUGAUUAUUGAUUCAUAAAAGAAAGAUCUGAGAAAACAUCAAAAUAUUUUAUUGCGUUCGACCGAUCUGACGUUGAUAAAAUUAUUAUUUCGAACUCAAGUUCAAGUAAAUACAUCAAUUAAUUUGCAUUAAUCUUUAGGUAAAAAAACAAAAUGGAAAAUUCAAAUAAGGAUGAUGAAUUACGAGUACUUAGAGAAGGACUUGAUCAACUUCGAAGAUUAAAACUGCAAUUUAUCAAAAUGAAAGCAGUAACGAUGAAUUUAAAAAAUGAUAUUAAGCAAGUAGAUAAAAACAUUUAUGCUCAAGUUGAAGACGCAAGAAAAUGGAGAAAUGUUUUGAACGAUUUUAAACAGUGAGAAUAAAAAUAGAAUUUUUUUGCGUUUAAUGGAAUAAUUAUUUAUCUAAAACGAAUUAUUUUUAAUUUUAAUAAGCAAAAUAUUUUCAAAUAUUGUGAUUUAAAAUCUAAUAAAAUGUAAUGCGCAUGCGUGUUAUAAUGUAUAAGUGUAUGUGUGUGUGUAUCGUAUUGUAUUUGUGUAUAUGCAUUUGUAAACUAAAAUAACGCGCUAUGACGCCAUAUUGACAAGAGUUGGUGUAUAAUAAAUGGUAGACGAGUAUCGUAAAUUUAAAAUAAAUAAAAACAGUGUUUUAUUGUACUAAUUAAUAAAAUUGUUUUCGUAUUUUUUAUUACAAUUGAAGGCGGAAGUAAUGUGAAAAUUCGUAUACGAAUCCGCAUUCAAAACGACAACAAAAAAACAUGUGGUUGCGAAGCGGCAGUGGGAAGAAGGAUCGUAUUAGAAAGUUAAACGGUAGCGGAAUUAAAAAUAAAACCACACGCAGCAGUACAUCACGUAAAAAAUCGUUAGUGCAACGACGUUUUUCAAAAAAGAUCGCUUUUGCAUUUACAAAAGAAAUUCAAAAAGACGCAUCUAUACAAAAAACUUUAGAUAUAGUUUGUCGUGCAUAUCAAGCACAGUGUGGUAAACUGGCUCCAAGUAAAACGAACUCCAAAACACAAAAAUAUGUAGAUGAUGAUUAUGGAACUGAAAAAGAGAACUGUUAUCAAGUUGUCCCAGAUGUUGUUUACAAUCCAGAAUUGUACUCGGAGAAUAAUGUGUCAUCACCAGAACAUGACGAAGCUGAGACAUGUUGCGUUUCUGGUUCGGAAUCUGAACCAGAAUUAAAUAUACAAAUGGAGACCCAACAAUCACACCUUAACAAUAAUUUAAAAGAUGACACCAAUGCUAUGAACGGAGAAUUAGCAAACAUCGAAGCAUUGGAGUUAGAUUUGAAUGCACCAGAAAAUGACCAUUCAUAUACAGCGGAAAUGAUUAAUAUGUACUCAAAUCGGAGUACGCGUUUAAUGGAUUACUCUCCCUCGGAAAAUGCGACGUCUGAUAGCAAUCACCAAGAGAAUAUGAAUUUGGAAGGUCAUGAAUUCGAACAUUUAAAAUCUCAUGAGAAUUAUCAAGAUUUAAAUAUAGAUUUACAAGAUCUACCAGCUGCAACGGAUUUAAGUUGCUUUUUGGAUGAAGAAAUGAAAUCAUCCAAUUCAAUUGAUCUAUUAAAUUACGACUAUGGUAUGUUAUAUGGAAGUGCAGUGAACCACUCGGAUACGUUAAUAACAACGGUAGCUGCAAGUGUUGCUGAAAGUCAACAGAUUCAAGAAGAGGAGCAAAGGGUUGAACAGCCACAAGAUUGUUGGGAUGCUUUUGAUCCAUAUUUAUUUAUUAAGCAUUUGCCGCCGUUAACUUUUGAAAUGCGUUCAAAAUGCCCUGCUCUACCAUUAAAAACACGUUCAAGUCCUGAAUUCAGUUUGGUGUUGGAUUUGGAUGAAACAUUGGUACAUUGCAGCUUACAAGAAUUAUCUGAUGCUAGUUUUAAUUUUCCAGUAUUGUUUCAAGAUUGUGCAUAUACUGUCUAUGUACGGACGAGGCCAUAUUUUCGUGAAUUUUUAGAAAAGGUUUCACAAUUAUUUGAAGUAAUUUUAUUUACGGCAUCAAAACGAGUGUAUGCCGAUAAAUUAUUGAAUUUACUGGAUCCAGAUCGUAAAUGGAUUAAAUAUCGUUUGUUUCGGGAACAUUGUGUAUGUGUCAAUGGUAAUUACAUCAAAGAUUUAAGUAUACUUGGACGUGAUCUAUCUAAAACUAUAAUUAUCGAUAAUUCACCACAAGCGUUUGGAUAUCAGUUAAAUAAUGGGAUACCAAUUGAAAGUUGGUUUGUGGAUAGGUCAGAUUGUGAAUUAAUUAAACUUUUACCAUUUUUAGAAGACUUAGUUCACAUGAAAGAAGACGUACGACCACAUAUACGUGAAAAAUUCAAACUAUUCAGUUUUUUACCACCGGAUUAAAUAUUUUAACAAAAAUAAUUUUGUUAAAAAGUUUUUAAAUUAGUCUAAAUUAUAAAAUAAAAUAAUCCCCAAAAUUUUAUUAAAACGUGAUCAUCACACAAAAACGGGAUCAAUUGAUUCACUAUAAAAAGUUAAAACCCACAAAAAUAACUAACGUCUUGCCAAUUAAUAUAAACAUAAAAGCAUCUUGUUUGCAGCCAUCUUGUUUUUUUUGUGUAUAUCUUGCAGCCAUCUUGUUUUUUUGUGUGUAUCUUGCAGCCAUCUUGUUUUUAUAUCGUAUAUUGAAUGU